AUGAAAACAAGAAAAUUAUCAAGUGAAAUUCCAAUGAUCGUAAAAAGAUCAUUUCCAGAAGACGAUAAUGAUGAACAAAUCAUUAUUAUUUGUUUUCAUCCAAAUAAUGAAAUCGAAGAUCUGAAGAAGCAAUUGAAUCAAAUGAAUAAUCAUGUUGUUUUUCAUACAGAAUUGGUAUCUCAUAUUGAUAUUUUUCAACAAGUACAUUCAAUCUUUAUCUUUUACACAAAAACUGAAGACUUUAAAUAUUUAUUUCAUGAACAGUUAAAUAUAAUUGGAGUUUAUCAUCGACUGGAUUUUUUCUAUUCAGCUCUUGAAGAACAAAUUAAUUUAAUAGCUAAACAAUUUUUUCAACGGGCAUUUUAUGAUUAA